AUGAACCGUUCAAUAUCAAGAAGUCGAAUAAAUAUACUUGAUGCAAAUGUUGCAAAUGAAAUUAUUAAUGCAAUAAAGAUUCCUAAAAAUGCAAUAGUAUUUGAUAUAAAUCCUGGAUCAGGAAUGCUGACACAUGCUUUACUUCAAAACAAAAAUGUUAAAAAAGUAUUUUCUUUAGAGCCAUUAAAACAUAUUGUCAGUUAUUUACAAAUGAAUCUUACAAUCUUAAUUCUUGCUCUCACCUCUACACAUAAGCCACUGAAAGAAGAAUUACAACAUAGAUAUGAUGUCUUUGAAGUUGAUCCAAUGUUGGAAGCAGAUUUUCUAAAUAAAAAAGAAGAUUUUUCUGAUAUACCAAUAUCUUCUUGGGAAAUGGGACAUCCAUCACUUAUUUCUGUGAGCCAAAUUCCUUUUGGUAAAAUGGGAGAUCAAAUGAUAUCAUCAAUAAUUUCAAUGAUUUAUGACAAAUGGGGAUUACAAUCAUUUGGACGUAUACCAAUGUAUCUAAUAACUCAUUCACGUCAAGCUGAGAGGUUAUUAUCAGGAGAAGGAGAUAAUAAACGAAGUCAAUUAAAUUUAUUUGCAGAAGGUCUUGGAGAUAUGGAAUUGCUACAAAUAUUUAAAGAUGGAUUUUAUCCAAAAGGUGAAUAUGCUCUUUUGGAUUUGAAGCCAUUCAUAACUCCAAAAAUCACUGGUGCAGGAACCGAAAAACUUCUUAAAGAUUUAUCAUUUGAUUCAAAGACAUUGAUCACAAAUUUAACAGUGGAACAAUUUAAUGAGAUUGCAGAAAAAUACGAUAAUUGGCCAUUUAAACCUGAAGUUCUUCUUUAUCCAUUUGAUCCAUUUUAUAAAGUAAGAAGAAGGGUCUAA